AAAAUUGCAAAUUUGUAAAAGUUAGAGUUACACACAAAAAAACACAGACCCGUUCUGUUCUCGAUGCUUUCAGCGAUCACUCUAUCAUCACUUUUGUCAAGUUUAGCCAUGGAAGCAACGCGAUUCUCCUUCUACCACUUCCAUCCCCACAACUUCCGACCCAAACCCAACGCAUUUCCAGGAAGAAGACACACACAAACAAUCCACACAAUUAGAACUAGGGUUUCGCUUUUCACAACAAAUUCACCUUCGCUUAACCGGAGAAUUUACGUUAACUUCUCCGACCGACUCGGAAGUGAUUACAUGCGCGUUCAGACACCGCAUUUGAGUGAAGAAGUUGUUCCGGAAACUAGUGGUAACGAUAGUGAAGCAAUUGUUGCUUCUUCUGAUAACUUGAGAAUUUUAGAGGUUAAACCUAAAACGUUCAAAAAUAGGUUUCUGAAUUUUGUGCGUUUUGGUUCUGUUAUUAAUGGUGCUGCUGAAACGUUUUUUAAGAGUGAGAUUAGGAGGAGAUUGUUUGUUACUGCUGUGUUAAUUGUGAUUAGUCGUGUUGGUUAUUUUAUUCCUCUUCCUGGAUUUGAUAGAAGGUUGAUACCUAAAGAUUAUAUGAGCUUUGUUGCUGGUUCAUCUGUUGAUGAACUUGGUGACUUCUCCUCUGAGCUGAAGCUGUCUCUUUUCCAACUUGGAAUCAGUCCACAGAUAGUAGCAUCUAUCCUUAUGCAGGUAUUAUGUCAUGUUGUUCCUUCUCUAGUAAAGUUGCGGAAAGAAGGUUUGGAUGGGCAUGAGAAGAUUAAGAGUUAUAUUUGGUGGAUGUCAUUGGGCUUUGCAAUUAUAGAAGCUCUAGUAGUUUCUUUCUACUCACUUCCAUACUCAAUCUACGCUGCUAGUUAUAGGAUCAAACAUGUAAUGGUGACAACUUCGUUGCUGGUUUGUGGUGCAAUGACUAUUACAUGGAUAUGUGAUACCAUAUCAGAAUCUGGAUUUGGUCAAGGUUCAUCUCUUAUCAUAUGUGUUGGAAUACUGACGGGGUAUAUGGAGACAUUACACAAAAUGCUUACUCAGCUUUCAGUGAGUGCUGUUAGUUGGUGGCCAUAUGUGCUUGCAGUAUUGGGUCUCUUCACAAUAGUCACUAUGUGGGCAGUUGUAGUAACUGAAGGUUGCAGGAAAGUAAAGCUUCAGUACUAUGGUUUCAAACUUGCUUCUGCUGCAAGGGAGCAAUCGCCUAUUACUGAAGUGGAGCCCUAUAUUCCUUUCAAUAUAAAUCCAGCAGGGAUGCAACCUGUUCUUACCACCUCUUACCUCUUGGCCUUUCCAAGCAUUGUCGCUGGUUUGCUUGGGUCACCUUUUUGGGGGAAUGUGAAGGAAAUAUUGAAUCCCGAAACUUCUGUUGGUGCUGAACCGUGGGUCUACUAUUCAAUAUAUGCCUUCUUUGUCUUCCUUUUCAAUAUAUUUGAUAUUGCUAACUUGCCAAAGGAAAUUGCUGAUUACUUGAAUAAGAUGGGUGCAAGAAUACCAAAUGUUAAGCCCGGGAAGGCUACAAUAGAGUACCUCUCAAAGGUUCAGGCAUCCACACGAUUUUGGGGGGGGCUAUUGUUAAGUGUUUUGGCCACUACUUCAAGUGUUCUUGAUCACUAUUUACGGCGUACCAAUGCUGGAUUUGCUAUUGGUUUUACAUCAGUUCUAAUUAUUGUUGGUUCCAUUAUUGAACUAAGAAGAUCGUAUCAAGCAUAUAAUGUGAUGCCAAGCUUAAGCAAUGCUUUGAGACGUUAUGGUGUAUAACUUCUGGAAAAGCCAUGCUGUCAUUCCACUGUGCCGUUUUGUUUUAACUUGGAGGAUAUUGCUUUCAUCGGCAUCAGUAAGUAGUAAAACUUCCCGUCUGACUAAUAUUUCCAGAAGCUUGGAUUUUUGGCGAGUUAUGCCUGGUUUAUAGGUCUUCAAGUAUUGAGGUCCGUUAGCAUUGCUAGUAAUGUGGAGCUAAAUGCUGCCUGUCGGUGCGUGGUAGUUACUGAUUCAUAAGCCUCAUUUUCUAAUUUCUCUCUAGAAGGAAUUUUUGAUGAUUUUAGGAAAGGAUAGUAUUUAGUUAGGUUACAGUUGUAGCUGCAGCUGAUAUUUGUACAGGAAAUUGUGUUCUAGACACGGCAUGUAAUAUAAAAAAAGGUAAUGUAGGAGGUUAAUCGCCUUAAAAUCGUCUUUAUCUCCAAUCUCCAUAGAAAAGGUCUUAGUGGUAGGCAUUAAUUAUAUUGCAACCAGAGAAAAAUCUGCCAUUUGUUGUUUAAGCUGUAUGUUGUAUCCGCCUGUAGAAUGAUCAGUGAAACCCUUUGAGCACAGUCCAAAUUGUGCACCAUUGAUGAUGCAUGGAGUAAACGGUUGCGUCUAUUAUUUUAUUUUUAACAA